AUGCAGAUCGAUGACUUCUUGUAUCAGAAGAAACUGCAUGAACCACUCAUGGAAGCGAAGCCCACAACAAUGGCUGACGCAGAUUGGCAGUUGCUGGAUAGACAAGCCCUUGGAGUCAUCCGGUUGACGUUGGCCAGAAACGUCGCCUUCAACAUUGUUAACGAGAUGAUGAUAGGAAGUGUCUCUGUUAUGGAUCACAUAAAUGAGUUCAAUGUUAUUACUUCUCAAUUGUGUUUUGUGGAUAUUAAAUUUGAUGAUGAGGUUCAAGCCCUAAUUUUGCUGUCAUCUCUAUCGAAGAGUUUGAGUGCCACUGUGACCGCCGUUAGUAGUUCAUCGGUGUCAAGAAAAUUUGACAGAGUAUAUUUUGCAGAUGAUGAACCUCUGGAUAUUGUAGGGAAAUGUGAGAUAACCAAAGGUGCUAUGGUUAUAGCACGAGGUCACAAAUUUGGCACAUUGUACAUAACUGCAGAUGUGAAAGACACAGUGGUUGUGGCGAAAUGUGAGAAUAGAUCCUUGUUGUGGCAUUGCAGGCUUGGGCAUAUGAGUGAGAAGAGAAUGAAGAUCAUGGCAACAAAUAACAAGUUGCAUGACUUGAAAUCUGUAGACAUUGGGCUAUGUGAAGACUGUGUCUUCGGGAAACAGAAAAUUGUCACUUUCUCCAAAGUUGGACGACCUCCUAAGAAGGAAAAGUUAGAGUUUGUGCAUACUAAUGUUUGGAGACCUGUUCUAGUUCGUUCUCUUGGAGGAUCCUUAUACUAUGUCACAAUCCUUUCUGAUUGUAUCAGAAAGGUUUGCCCUAAUCCUUAUGUUGUGAGGGAGACUAUAGUUUCUUCUUUGGUCUUCUCUCUGAGAGUGAAUAGUGAAAGAUCUGCCAUAGUCAAAGAGUCAAUGCCCCUAUACCCAGCAACACCGCUUUUGCUCCCACACGAGUCAAUGGAACCCAUUCAACUUGGUGGGUUCGACGUGCCAGUUGGCUCAACGCCGUUUGUUAACGCGUGUAAGAUUCAUCGCGACCCGACAUUGUGGACGGACCCAGAAGAGUUCAAGCCAGAGAGGUUCUUGAGCAGCAACAAUGAGAUGACCAGCUUUGGUGGUCAGGACUUUGCCUUCUUGCCAUUUGGGUCAUGA